AUGACGUUAUCCACCAUCUUGCAACAGAUCAACAAGAAGGGUAAGAUCCAGCCCAAGGUGUCUUCUUCAAGCUCUGGUAAUGAUGAUAACCUUUCGUCUAGGAUUCAAUCAUAUAAAGCAACCACUUCUAACAAACCUAUAGACCCGGUUGUUGCCAAAUUAAAGGAAAAACGACGAUUAGAAAGAGAGAAGAAGGAACAGGAGUUGCGAUUAAAGAAAGGAUUAGCACCUAAACCAGUCAAAUCAACAACUACCAGACAACCCAAAUCAACAUCUGCAUCACCUAAAAAAACCCAACCUAACAGUAAAACUAGUCGUGGACAACCACCUCCACCUCCACCCCCACACCCACUUCCAACCAAUAAUGAUCUAAGAAAGAAGAAACUCAACUUUAACGAGUUAAUGAAGAAAGCAUCGAAAAUAGACCAUGAUAAACUUUCAAUCAAGUUCCCUGCCAAGAGCAAAUCUCCUGAAGUAGGGCCUGCUCGGAUAAGAACACCCGAUAAACCAAACACUAUAAAACCUGACAUUCCAAGGGAUGAAAGGUUCAAGAAACCUGUUGCACAACUAAAACGUGCCAAUACUUUACCACCACCUCCUCCUCCUCCUCCUCUUAAGGCAACCUUGAAAGCGCCAAUACCUACCAGAAAACCUUCAGAAAAGAUCCAACAAAAGAUCAACGAAAAGAAAAAUACAAAGAAAAAGUACCAGGAAUAUGAGGAAGAAGAAGACGAUGAACUUAGUUCAUUCAUUGCAUCUGAUGAAGAAGAAGAAGCAUACGACUCAAGAGAUUACGAUAGGGAUGAGAUCUGGGCCAUGUUCAACAGAGGAAAAAAACGGUCAUACUAUGACCGGUAUGACGAUUACGAUUCAGGUGACGAUAUGGAAGCUACUGGUGCAGAAAUCCUCGAUGAAGAGUACCGUUCUAGAGUCAAUGGGGAAUUGGAAGAUCGUCGUGAAUUAGAGCAAGAAAAGAAGUUGGCGGCUCUUAAAAGAGCAAGACUUCAUAAACUGCGAUAA